AGCUUCGACAAAUCUCAAACCCUACCUUCAGUUGCUAGGUACUUCCGCAGAUCCCAACCUCCCCUCGCUCCGCCCCGCCCCACCCCCGGCUGCCAUGCGGAUCCGCAGGUCCGCCUCCCGCCUGCUGGGCGGCGCAGCCGCUGCCUUCGCCCCCGCCCCGGCCCCCUCUGAUCCGCCUCGAUUCGAGCUGUUCCCGCCGCCGCCGUCGCCGCCGGCGACGGACCAAGCCCACGAAUCCAGCGCCGGGUUGGUGGCGCCCGAGGCCGCCUCCUGCGGGCAGCCUUGCUGCGAGCUCAGCAGGUCGCCGUGGGAACUCAUGGCCGAGCUCGACCUCUCGGAUCCCGAGGUGGAGGAAUGCUUCAAGAAGACUUACUUCAGAACUACACGACGAGCUAGUUGGCUCUUCCCAUCCAGUAUCAGCAUGCCCAAUGGCUCCAUCAAGGAGAAGACGACUGCAGAUAUGGUCGAUGGGGCCAUCAACAUGCCUGCGAAAACGAUGGAGGGGAAUAAGAAUGAGAGCAAGUCAAAGACGAACAAGGGGAUCAAAGUGAAGAAGGGAGUGCGGACAUGCAAGAAGAGGGAUGGCAAGAAGCCACAAAAGAAGAGGCCCGUCGUUGACAUGGGUGAGGCGUUCUACUACUACGACGGGUUUGGCCCCUCACGCAGCUCCAAGAGGCAUUGCAGAUCAAGCGGUGGUAAUAGUGUGCUGGAAGAACCUCCACUACCCAUUGAACAACAGAAAGAUGAGGCAUGCACCCAAACACAAUUUGAUUUUAGUGCAAGCCAAGCUAAUGUCACUGACCAUCAGGCUCUGCCGACAUCAACACAGGUCGAGAAGCCUAGGCUCAAUGGGAGCAAUGCCAACAUUGUUAGCUGCGAUGAGGAGAGCAGCAACAACGACGCACUUGGUUGCAAUGGCAAACAACUGCACAACAUUAUGAUGAUGAAGAGCCCGUUCAAGAAGAGGUGGAGGAAGCCUAUUAAAGCCCGAUCGCUCAAGUCGCUGAUGUAAUUCCGUGGUUCAAGAGAAGCUUGGUAUUACCAAGCUUGGCUCGAUCGGCUUUAUCUAGUAAGCUCAGCAUAGCGUGCUCCAGUUUUGGAGCUGAGUUACCAAUCAAUAUACAAAUUGUACUGUAUUUUUUCGUCCAUUGUGUUUUAACUGUGAUGCGGUGUUGAAAUUUCUGAUAAUGAAUUUUCUGUUAUUAAUGUGG